AUGCAAUUCCUGAAACCGAUCCUCCUCCUAACGGCCAUCCUGACCCUCACCCUAGCACAAAGCACGGGUGUAGCCAAAUACGACACCAUCUAUGACAACGCCAACCUCUCGACGCUCGCGGUAGCCUGCAGCGACGGUGCGAAUGGGCUCUACACGAAGGGCUACCCUACCCUGGGAAGCAUUCCCGGGUUCCCCAACCUGGGGGGAUCCGGCACCAUCCCGGGAUGGAACUCGACGAAUUGCGGUGCCUGCUACGCGUUGACGUACACGCCUCCUCGCUCCCCCCCAAAGACCAUCAACAUCGUCGCUGUGGACGUGGCGGCCGCCGGUACGUUUGUCCUUUCACGGACCGCUCUGGACACUCUUACGGGCGGACAGGCAGUCACGCUCGGGAGGGUAGACGUGACCUGGGUGCUGGUGGUACCGAGUGCGUGUGGGUUUUAGGAAACGCGAGCUUCCUCUGGUGGUAGGCUCUCGGAACAGGAGGAAGACGUAGGGAUGACUGCGUGGUACGUUCUGGGUUUUAUGCAAGAGUUUUUUAGGGAUUGCUGGGGGAUUGAUUUGUUAUGUUGUGUCUGGGGCUCGAGAUGGAACGUCUCGGUUGGAACUGGAAGAAGAAUUGCUUAAUAUUAUUUCAGCCAUCUCGUGA